AUGGCUCAUGGGAGCAGCGCGAUGACUCCUCUUGCCUUGGCCUCGCCGCCUCGCCGCCCGCUCGCCCCGAUUGGGCCUAGCCCCGUGGGCGGGGCUCGCGCUCGAAGCUUUUUAUUUCCUCGGGCUUUUCCUCCAUCACUGCCAGUGCGAUCUCAGGUUUAUUGGCACCGUCUCUGUCACUACUCGGGUUCGUCUGUCCGUGUCAAUUGCGAGUCGCAUCUCUCUGCUCUUGCGCUUCGUGCCCCUCUCGCCGUUCCCCCCGCGACGAUCCUCUUCCCGGCAGGUUCUGCCUCGACAUCACCCCGCCUUUUUACCACCACCACCACCACCACCACCACCCUCACCCUCACCCUCACCUCGAUCCUUCUCACGCAGUGA